UUGGCACACUGUUAUUUGGGUCUGUCAAAGAUGGCGCCGGUCGGAGAAAUUGUGGAGGUGAACGGGUUUUCUUCGAAAAGGAAGGAUGAAGCAGACAAUAAAGAAAAUUUAUGGUCAGCCAUACUAGGAGAAGUUCAAACACGAGGAAAUACGAAGUUGCCAUCAUAUAAAUCUGUGGUGGUGUUAGGUGAUAAUGAAUCAGGAAAGACAACUUUAAUAGCCAAACUUCAAGGUGUGGAGGAUCCAAAGAAAGGUUCCGGAUUGGAGUAUGCUUACAUAGAUGUCCGUGAUGAGUACAGAGAUGAUCAUACUCGACUCAGUGUCUGGGUCUUGGAUGGUGACCCCUCUCAUGCACAUCUCUUGCGAUUUGCACUGUCAGAGGAGAGUUUUCCACACACAUUAGUUAUGUUUGUAGUUGCCAUGACAACCCCAUGGGGUAUUUUAGACCAAUUGCAAACUUGGGCUACCGUCUUGCAGGACCAUAUCGACAGGUUGAAAAUUGACAUAGAUGACUUACAGGAAGCCAGGCACAAAUGUGUAAAGAAGUGGCAAGAUUAUGUGGAACCUGGAGAUGAAUUGGAACAAGGGUCUCCAAUGAGAAGAACGUCCCGAAAUCUAGAUGAAGAAGGUGGAGAUGUUCUGCCCUUAGGUGACGGUGUACUUACUAGGAAUCUAGGAUUAGACGUGGUUGUAGUUGUUACAAAGACGGACUAUAUGUCGACAUUAGAGAAGGAUUAUGACUAUCGUGAUGAACAUUUUGACUUCAUGCAACAAUGGAUUCGCCGGUUCUGCCUUCAGUAUGGAGCAGCAUUAUUCUAUACAUCGGCUAAAGAAGAUAAGAACUGUGAUCUACUGUACAAAUACCUGACGUAUCGCAUUUAUGGUUUUCCCUUCCGAACACCUGCGCUUGUUGUUGAGAAGGAUGCUCUUCUUAUUCCUUCUGGUUGGGAUAACAUGAAGAAAAUAAGCAUAUUGCAUGAGAAUAUGCAAAGCAUGAAGCCAGAUGACUACUAUAGGGACAUUAUAGUUCAGCCCGUUCUAAGAAAGCCUGUGACUCGAGAAUCAGAAACACAGGCAGAAGAUGAGCAGUCAUUCCUAACGAGGCAGUUACAACUUAUGCAGCAGGGCGCCCCAAGUCUGCGGCAGGAUUCUUCUCCGAUGAGGUCGCCAGCUGGAGUACAAAAGACUGGAGAGAGACGGAGUAGUGGUUCACCUGGAGUACAAGGGCAGCUUGGCUCACCAAAAAAGAUUGAUGGAAGCAAACCUGGUGUGACGGGCAGUGGAGAAGGUGUACUGGCCAACUUCUUUAAUUCUCUUCUGCACAAGAAAACUGGAACAGGAUCACCAGCACCUAAAAUGUCAGCUGACCUGUCAAAUGAUCGACCCCACACAUCUGUGGACAAGGCAGUCAUGCGCUCAGAUGCAGCGGCCGAGCUGGACCGACUAACCCGAAGCAAGAAACCAUCUGUGCCGCCAGACCAAAAUUCAUCAGACUGCUGAGACAUUGUGGUCAUUAAUGUCUCAGCCAAAAUGUGGUCUGGCCAGGUGGGACAGAUGUCUGGUAGACUGACCAUCGGACAGGGUCAACAGUUAAAAUGAAGAACAAACCUGUAAGUGUGCAUUAACCUUUGACCGCUGAAUAGUAUUUCUUAGCUCAGACUCAUCAGGAACAUACAGAUACUUAAAAAGUGUUUGUCGAAAGAUGGCAGGGUAUGUACAGCUGAGCAUAUAGAUAUCAUCAGGAAAAUUAAGAAAGUGUAGGUUACAGAUUGGGAUAUCCUGGGUGAAGCAGUGCAUUAUAUUCUGUGAUAGCCUGGGAUAUCUGGGACACAGUGGUCAAAGGAUUAAGGCCACUUGCUUUAGGGCUGAAAAUAUAUCUUGUUUCUGGAAGUGUUUUAGGUUUGAUUUAUAAAACUCAUGACUGUUUCCACUACCUGCCCUUUCAGAAUAAUAAACAGAGUUAUAAAUGGCUGUAUUGUUUAAUUACAUAUACUUACUGCAACAUGUUGUAUAUUGUAGUACAGUGAAUACUACUGAUAAGAUUACUACCCGUGUCCAGUUAAUUAUGCAAAUUUGUACUAGAAUUUUAUAAUACAGUGUAGUAUCUCUUGAAUGGGUAGGUGGUCGAAUGGUUGGUGGAUUUAGUCAGCCCGUAAAUAAGAUCUUGACAACGUUCUCUACGGUAACUGUGGCCUUAACUGAAAUUUGUAGCUGGCCGCUGUGCAAUAGAAUCGCAACAGUAUGAGUAAACGCCUGCCCAUUGGUGUAAGUAAUUUAA